AUGGAAGCAAUCAAAAUUGCAGCCAGUUCAGGCAGUGCCCACGACCAUGGCAGUCCGUCGCGGGAAGGAGAAGACAAAUCGGAAUCAAAGGCCCACCUAGAACAUAUCAAUACAAUCAGUGACGACCUGGUUUAUGAUGAUGCAGAGCAUGAGCCCCAGUUGCACUUCAGGACCUGGGUCGCCCUUGCGGCGAUGUGGCUUUACAACUAUGUCAUUGUCUUGACUUUGCUCAGCCCUCCAGCGGUGGUCUCAUACAUUGGAGCGAGUCUCAACGCCGGGAACAAGCAGACGUGGGUGCUCAGUUCGCUCACCCUUCCUCAAGCGGUCCUUGCGCCUCUCUUCUCCUCGGUGUCAGAUGUCUUUCAGGUCCGAAAAUCGCUUAUGGUCGGCCUGAUCAUCCUUUCUUUUAUUGGUGCCGCCAUUGCUCCUGGCUCGCAAACCAUAUAUAGGCUUAUUGGCGCGCAAAUACUGAUAUCCUUUGGAUUCUCUGCGGCCCCACUGGGUUAUGCGAUUCCGAGUGAGAUAUUGCCGAGGAGAUGGAGACCAAUGGGACAGGUAUGGAUCAACAUAGCAGCCGCACUGGCCUCCUGCUCAGGACCCUUGAUCAUCGGUGCUCUUACCAGGGCAGAUCGGGUUGAUGGCUGGCGUAAAUUCUGGUGGAUUGAAAUGGGGCUGUGGGGUGCCAGCGGGCUGGGUAUCCUAGUCUGUUACCGGCCACCGAGAAGACACACGCGACUCGAUCAUCUUACCAUUUGGGAAAAGAUAGGUCACCUCGAUCUCCUUGGAUAUGCACUUUUUGCAACGGGCUUGAGCCUGUUCCUCGUCGGGCUGUACCUUGGGGGGUUCGAAUACCCCUGGACCAGUGCACGCGUCGUCGGUACAAUGGUGACUGGUCUCGUAAUCAUGGUAUGCUUUGGACUGUAUGAAUGGAAAGGUACCUCGACAGGAUUUCUGCACCACGACCUGUUCCGUGGCAAAGACGGCACAGGCCCAACUUUCGCCAUUGGUGUUUGGCUCAUCUUCGUUGAAGGGGUCAUGCUCUUCUCUUAUGUUGUCUUUUACCCGAUCAUGGAUCAAGCUUUGUUCGAGGAGGAUCCUUUCUUGCAGGCCGCUCGUCAGCAACCUUACUGGCUGGGUUGCCUUUUUUCGACACCUGUGUGGGGCCUUAUCAGUACUCGUCUCAGAAGGACCAAGGAACCUCUUGCUGUAGGGUUCCUGAUCUUUACGGGAGGCAUUGUCGGACUUGCUACCGUUCAGCCGGACGACGACACAAAGUCGCUCAUCUUUGCCAGUCUUGCCGGCAUUGGCUUCGGAGCAUUGAUUAUUUUGAUUUUGGCCAGCAUACAAUUGUCUGUGCCGCAUGAACUCAUUGCUACAGCCACAGCUGUCACAGUCUCAUCUCGUUCUGUGGCAGCAGCUGUGUUCAGCACAAUCUAUGUCACAGCUUUCUCGACUCAGCUGAAGGAGAAAUUGCCCAGCUACGUCGCCAAAGCGGCUGCCAAGGCUGGCCUUCCGGGGGCUUCCAUAUCGACCUUUGUGGCGGCUUUGGCGGCGAAAGACGAAGCUACUCUGCUUCAUAUCGAAGGCAUCAAUCCCCAGAUUAUUCAAGCCGGUGCUGCAGCGCUCAAGCAGGCGUACGCCGACUCCAUGAGAGUUGUUUUCAUCAUUGCCGCGCCAUUUGGUGUAGUGGCGGCAAUCUCCUGUUGGUUUAUCGCGGACCUGCGAACGACGAUGAAUUACAAGGUCGACGCCCCGUUGGAACAUCUGACGACAAAAAAGCUGCAGGCGCAUACUGUUCAAGAAAAAGCUGUCUGA